AUGGUUCUACUGUUACAAUUGGUACCGGACGGUAUCACCGACACAGCUCGGCGAAGACGCUCUCGUCGCAAGUUGAAGCUCGGGGCCGUCGACAGGCUCGUUCCUUUUCUCUCAGACACAAUCCAAUCGCGAGACCUUUUUCCCACUCGCACCAGAAUCGACAUUGAUCUCACAAAGGGGAGGGCCGAAGACACACACUCCUCCGUCGGCCGCACCAGCUGGCCCCGCGUACAUACCUUGCGAACUGGCUCUCGACCGACCUACCCUCCUCCCUCCUUCGCCUACGCCUUGCGCUCCAUCCUCCCCUCCUCCUCCCUCCCAGCCCGGAAGCGCUUCAUCCAUUCGCAUAUCCCCCGCUCGUCAUCCAGUUUGCAGGGCCCCAUUCCUGCUGACUGGAUUGCAUUCGAUCCGCUUUCCCAACUGCCCGCGGGCUGCGGCGCGACUCCCCCGGUGCCUUUGUCGACCCGCCGCCUCAACGCUCGAAACCACCUCCCCCCAAGUCCAGCGCUGCGCCGCGACUCGCUUUCCUCCCCCGUCGACCACCCCCUCCGCCGUCCUCAAUCGUCGCUCGAGCAUCUUCGUUUAUCUCACGGCCCUUCGUGCGCAUGUCCUGCUACCAGGAAUGACACUCCCUUUCCCUGCGACGGCCUCUCGCUAGUCCGUGUGGUCCAACAUCCCCCCGCUUUGCACCCACUCGCCGCAAAGCGCAUCUCGACGCACCUCCGACUCUCUACCACAACAUAUCUUUGUAACUGA